AUGCAAGCAGAAUUCGAUGUAGAAAGACCUUCUUAUUAAUAAUUAAAUGAAGAAACACCAAAAUCAACUUGCUUGUAUUAUUAAGAUGAUCCAAUAACGUUGUAUAAUUAAUUUAUCAGAUUAUACAAUUAAGACAUCAAUCAAGUAAAUGGAAUUAGAUUAGAGGAGAUGAAGUCUAGCAAGGUUGUGCAAUUUAUUCACAAUUAUUUACGCAAUUUUGUUGGUUCAUUUGUUUUAUUGAUAAUCUUAUUCAUUCCUUUAUUGAACAUUGGUUUUUACAUUCUGAUUUUGUUCGCUGCUAUAAGUUUGAAUUAGAAUUAUUUGAUAUUCAGGAACAAUAUAAGUAAAUGUUAAAUCGAUUACAUAGGUUUGGUUUUAGACCCUUUUGGCAACAUGGUAGAAAAUUAAGACAUAUGUGUGAUGAUGAAAAAAAAUUAUUUGGUUUUUAAACUUGAUAUUAAAGAAACAGAGGGACUUCAUUUUUCCAAAAAUGUCAAGGAGAUGAUCAAAAAUAGAUCCAGUGGGACUGGUGACAAUAAAAUCGAAUUUACUAUUUAUAACCAAAAUUUGAAGUAAGAUUAUUAUGGAUUUCCAAAUUAUCGAUGCAGCUAUUUAGUAUGGAGUCUUAGUGGCUGCCUCAUAAUUAUUGCAGAAUGUACCACGAGUGAAAUUAUGUUUUAUGUGUAUUAAGUAAAUAAUUGA